CCUUCAUGGACUUUGCCAAGACUGCUUAUACCAUUCUAUUUCACACCUGUCCUCCAAUCCUUCUAAACCUUUAAAACUCUAUCUUUCUCUCUUCUUAAUGAUCAAUCCUCGUCUUCUGCUCUCUGGGUUUUUCUCAGCGGGUGUUUCUGGUCUUAGUUUCUGUUUUGGUUUUACUUAUAUAUUUCAAUUUGUGGGUUAGCUGGUCCUGGAAGAAGUUCAUUUAAUCAUUUGUUGACAGUUGGUAUUGAAGACUGGUCUAUUAUAAAAUUAUGAAUUGUUUUUCUUUCUUAUUUGGUCAGAGUGAUUCUUCAACAAAAAAUUCUUUUGGAGUUGAUGAAGAAGUUGCAGGCAUUCACAAUGUUAAACUUUACACUUACAAGGAAUUAAGAAAUGCUACUGAAGAUUUUAGUACGGCCAAUAAAAUUGGUGAGGGUGGUUUUGGUUCAGUGUACAAGGGAAAGCUUAAAGAUGGGAGAAUUGCUGCUAUAAAAGUUCUUUCUGCUGAAUCAAGACAAGGAGUGAAAGAAUUCUUAACAGAGAUUAAUGUGAUCUCAGAAAUAGAGCAUGAGAAUUUAGUUAAGCUAUAUGGCUGUUGUGUGGAAGGAAAUCACAGAAUUUUAGUCUACAACUACCUUGAGAAUAAUAGUCUUGCACAAACUCUUCUUGGAGAAAGUCACAGUAACAUCCAGUUUAGUUGGAGAACACGAUCUAAAAUCUGCAUUGGUGUAGCACGAGGGCUUGCCUUUCUUCAUGAGGAUUUACGACCAUACAUUGUUCACAGAGAUAUCAAAGCAAGCAAUAUUCUCCUUGACAAAGACUUAACUCCCAAAAUUUCAGAUUUUGGUCUAGCCAAGCUUAUCCCUCCCAACAUGACACAUGUCAGUACACGUGUGGCUGGAACAAUAGGUUAUUUGGCACCAGAGUAUGCAAUAAGGGGCCAGCUGACAAGGAAAGCAGAUAUUUAUAGUUUUGGUGUCCUCCUUGUGGAAAUUGUCAGUGGGAGAUGCAACACAAACACACGAUUACCUAUUGAUGAACAACAUCUCUUAGAAAGGACCUGGGAACUUUAUGAGCGAAAGGAGCUGGUAGGGCUGGUGGAUACAUCACUAAAUGGUGACUUUGAUGCUGAGGAGGCUUGUAAGUUUCUAAAGAUUGGUUUACUCUGCACCCAAGAUACUCCAAAGCUUCGUCCUUCCAUGUCUACAGUGGUCAAGCUGCUAACUGGUAAGAAGGACGUUGAUAACAGUAAGAUAACAAAACCAGGUUUAAUUAGCGAUUUCAUGGACCUAAAAGUACGACCCCCCCCUAAAGCCAAAUCUGAAAUAAAGACAGGAUCUAAUAUGUCAACUGACUCUGAGAAACUGGGUGAGUCAACCUGGACAUCUGGAAACACGACAAGUGCAGCUACGACGUUAACUGCGUCUUAUGACGGAAGUAUUUAAACAUCAGUGUGAGAAAACGUAUCCACUUAAUUUUUUUUUUUUUUCUUUUAUCCCAUUUUAGGCUUUUAAUUGUGUAAAUUCUGGAACCAUGUUCCUUUCUUGUUUUCCCCUUCAUUUUAUUUAAUUUCUUUUGGCUACGCAAGUUUUGCCCGCAUGUAUUCUCUCUCGUAAAUGGAUGAAGUUCAGUCAUAUGAAGCAAGUGUACUGGGGCUUGAGUUCAGUAAAA